AUGGGGGCUAUUCAAGCUGCCAUAUCCGUUCUGAUAACCAUAUGGAUCGGUGUCCUUGCGGCCCAGUUCGACCUCAUCGACGAUGGUGCUGCCAAACGCCUGUCGUCUAUGUGUGUCACCAUCUUCUUGCCGUUGUUGCUGGUCGCGAACCUGGGAAAGCAGCUCGAUUCUGAUACUGCUAUGCACUAUCUCCCCAUUGUUGUCUGGUCCCUGAUUUUCGUUGUCUUGUCGAUCGUGGUGGGCAAGCUAUCCGUCCGCAUCUUCAAGCUUCCAGCAUGGACCACCCCCGCCCUAGCAUUCAACAACUCGACCUCACUGCCGCUUCUCCUCAUCCAAGCACUCGAUGCCGCCGGAGUCCUCAAGAACUUGACCUCCGACCCCAACGUAGUCGAAAAGGCCCGCUCCUAUUUUCUCGUUUGCGCCGUCAUCAGCAACACUCUAACCUUUGGCUACGGCCCGGUACUCCUCGAUCAAGACGACGGCGGGCAGACCGACAGCGACCCGGAAUCCGGACGGGAUUCAGGCGAAGAAGACGAGGAGGAUCACAACGGGUCUGGAAGCAACAGCGACGAUAGCUCUGGUCCCUCCGAGACGACAUCGCUCCUCCCCAAGAAAGCCGUACGCUUCGCCAAGACCACGGCCCGGCAAAUUGAGAAUGCGCAGAACAAGACCUACAAUGCUUUGCCCAAGCCUCUCCAAAAGGCCGUAAGCUGGAUUGCGCCCUUCUUUAACCCUCCAGCCCUGGGAGCAUCGACUGGUGUUGUCAUCGGCUUGGUUCCUGCUCUACACCGUAUGUUCUUCAACGACUCGCAGGAGGGCGGAUACUUCAAGGCUUGGCUUACUACGCCCAUCAAAAAUACCGGCGAGCUGUUUGUUACACUGCAGGUUAUCAUUGUGGGCGUCAAGCUCAGUCUCAGCUUGCGCAAAAUGAAGGAAGGAGAUGAGGGAGGACGUGUGCCGUGGCCUAGCAUUGUGUUUAUUCUUGCUUGGAGAUUCUUGGUGAUGCCGGCUCUGAGUAUCCCCAUCAUUUGGGUGUUGGCCAAGAAGACGGGUCUCUUGUUUGAUGACCCGGUGCUGUGGUUCACCAUGAUGAUGAUGCCUAUUGGCCCGCCUGCUAUGAGGUUGGUGGCGCUUGCCGAUGUCAACAACCUGCCUCAACAAGCUAAGAUGGCGACGGCUAAGCUUCUUACGAUUUCUUACGUUGCUACUCCGGUGAUUGCCUUCUCUGUCGUUGGUGCGCUCAGAGCAGCCCAGAAUGUUGCAGAUGCGUAG